UCUAUGAUCACCGACCGGAAGUGGCGUCACGGGAGGAGGGGCGGGGAGAAGGACCGGACUUCCGCUUCCGGGGCAGGGCGCCCGUCUCUCUCCCUCUCUCUCUCAGCGGCGGAGUCAUGGAGUUCCCCGGCGGAAGCGACAACUACCUGGCCAUCACCGGCACGGCGCACCCCUUCCUCACCGGCGCCGAGACUUUCCACACCCCCAGUUUGGGGGACGAAGAAUUCGAGAUCCCCCCGAUCGCGCUGGACGCCGACCCCUCCCUGGGGGUCUCCGACUUCGAGGAUUUGGGGGAGACCGGGGGGACCCCCGACCCCCCCUUCCCGCCCCCCCCUUACGGGGUUCAGAGCUUGGAGAUGGGAAUCGCCCACGGAUUGAUGGAGCAAAGCGGGGGGCUGCUGGCGGGGGGGCUGACGAUGGAGCUGGAUCCCCCGAUGGGGGCUCAGUACAACGCCCCCCCCCCCGUCACCAUCGAGGUACCCAUGGCCGCUCUCAGCCCGGGGGGGCUACUGGCCCCCGGGCAACUGACCACCAUCGACCAGUCCGAGCUCAGCUCCCAACUGGGGCUCAGUUUGGGGGGGUCGACGGCGGGAAACGUCCAAGGGGCUCCCCCGAAUUUAACCCCCCCGCCGCCACCGCCGCCGCCUCCUCCUCCUCCUUCUUCUUCUUCUUCUUCGCCUCCCCCCCCUGAGGAACGACUCUCCCCCACCCCGUCUCCCACCGGGUCGCUGCAGGAGGACGAGGCCGAAGAGUUCCGCAGGGCUCCUCCCCCCAAACCUUCCCCGCCGGCCCCGCCCACCCCGGCCCCGCCCACGGGGGAGGGACCUCGCCGGGGGAAGCCCCCCAAGAAACCCAAGAAGAAGAAGGACCCCAAUGAACCGCAGAAGCCCGUCUCCGCCUACGCCCUCUUCUUCCGCGACACCCAGGCGGCCAUCAAGGGCCAGAACCCCAACGCCACCUUCGGGGAGGUCUCCAAAAUCGUCGCCUCCAUGUGGGACAGUUUGGGGGAGGAGCAAAAGCAGGUCUACAAGCGGAAGACGGAGGCGGCCAAGAAGGAAUACCUCAAGGCGCUGGCGGCUUAUCGCGCCAUCCAGACCUCGACGGAGCCGCCGGAACCCGAACCCAGCCCCCCCGCCGUCGCCGUCGUCGCCCCUCCUUCCUCUUCCUCUUCCCCCGCCCCUCCUUCCUCUUCCUCUUCCUCCCCCCCUCCGAACCCCCCGCCGCCCCCCGCCGCCGCCUCCGCCCCCCCCAGCAUCACCAAAAUCAUCAUCCCCAAACAAAUGCUCCCCCCGUCUUUAACCGUUUCCUCCCAGGGCGGGGUGGUAACCGUCAUCCCCGCCGCCGUCGUGACGUCAUCGCGCCCCGCUUCCGGCGUUUCCCAAACCCCCCCGCUUCAUUUAACCCCCCCGGCUCAAAUCGUCACCCGUUCCGUCCUCCAAGCCGCCGCUUCCCAGCUCCCCCGUUUACAACCCCCCCCUUUACAACAGAUGCCCCCCCCGACCCCCAACCACCCGCCCCCCCCCCAACAAAUCGCCGUCCUCCAACGCCCCCCCCCCCUCCAGGCCAUGCAGCAACCCCCCCCCCAACAAAAAAUCCGCCUCAACCUCCCCCAGCAGCCCCCCCCCCUCCAAAUUAAAAUCCUUCCCCCUCCCCCGCUCCAAAUCCAACCCCUUCACCUCCCCCCGCAAGAAGAAAUUCGGGGAUCCCCCGACGCGGCCGUCGCAUCAUCGGCGUCGGCGUCACCCGCCGCCCCCGCCCCGUCCCAGCAAACCCCCCCGCGAAAUUCCGCCCCCCCCCAAAACGGCGACGCCGGACGCGACGGGUCGCCGGAGACGGUGGAGAUGAUCGCGGGGGACGUGGUGCCGGAGGUGGAAUCCCCCACCCAGAUGUCGGUGGAAUUGGUGGCCGAAUCGCCGGUGGCCGACGACUCCCCCCGACCUCGUUGCCUUCGGGCCGGUUGCGAAAACCCCCCCGUCGCCAGCGGCGACUGGGACGAGGAAUAUUGCAGCAGCGAAUGCGUCGUCAAACAUUGCCGCGACGUCUUCCUCGCCUGGCUCGCCGCCCGCAACGCUGGCAACAGCGUGGUCUUCGUCAAAUAAAUCCCCUCCGUCGAUUUUUUGGCGGGGCGCGCCCCCAUUUUUUCCCUUUUUCACCCCAAAAUUUGACACCGCUCUUUUUUUUGUUGGGUUUUUUUUUUUCCUCUUCAUUAAAAUUACCGCUGAAAA